AUGCCCCUUUUGUCUAUCAUCGCCUCGAGAAUUUGCAACCCAUCACAGGUAUCACUCGUUGCUUCUCCAUCGCCGAAAAUCCCCCCCAGCACUGAUUCGGAUAUCUCCUCUCCCGACGGACUCGCAGCUUCUCGCCCCGGCUAUGAACCCGUGAAAAGCUCUAGUCUAAUCACGAGUAGACCCAUUCGAGACGAGUUCCAAUCGCCAAGGAGGCGGCGCACGUUUCCUAGCACUGCUCAAGUCGGUCGACGUUUCAGUGGUCUGCCCCUAGUACGCACAGCUACUGGAACGUUGCUGGGCCGCAGACGCACCAAUCCCACUGUCACUGAAAUUUAUCCUAGAGGCCCGUGGACCAGCAGCAUCAAGAUGGCGGCUACUUCAUAUGAUCACAUCAGAACGCGUAUCGAGAAUGAGAUGUUGGAGCGGCAUAACGACAACGAUGAGUUCAGGGAGUGGAUCCCGCUAUCCUGGUGCAUAGACCUACUUAAUACUGAGGAGGAUGUCAGGGCUGCUCUCGAUGACAGCGAGGCGAAAUGGAAGGGCUGCACUUCGCGCUUGGCAAAAUUCGUGCGAGACCGCGCGCCAUGUUUGUUUGUGAUGCUCGUCUACUCGAGCAUGGUAGAGUUGCUCGAGCAAUUCUACGAAAAAGACAUCGGCGACGCGUGCUUCCCUCUCGAAGUCACACUAAAACGAGCCAAUGGCAGUAUUGAGGGAAUCACGGAUGGCGAGGUUAAGCUCCGGUUUCCUCGCGGGACCACGUCCAAGGAAGCUAAGAGUCUCUUUUCUGAUGACCAAUGGCUGUUUUUCGCUCCCAAGCUGUGUUGGACUGCGUUCGAUGAUCCGCCCCUUGGUUCCAAGCACAAGUUGCCUUUCAUCACAGCCCCUGAGAAAUUCAGCGGCACCGAGUUCAGUAUCGUCUACAAGACAACCAUUCACCGCGACUAUGUUGAUAUGGAGUUGUGUGACCUUCUGACACUUGCAUGCCAGGAGAUUGCAUCCGACGCGAAAGACCAUCCCUACGUUGCUCUCAAGAAAUUGCUACCUAAUAGCCUGACUGAAGACGCCUUCAAAUCUGUCGUCAAAGCGGAGCAUGAGACGCUGACCAUGCUCCGAAAGUUGUCAGCCAAACACCUGAUCAAGGCGACCGCAUUCUACAGGCGUGACGGUGACCUAUUCUUUGUCUUUCCGUGGGCGCAGCAUGGCAAUCUCCGCAAAUUCUGGGCCGAGAAGAUACCUGCAAUCUGCGAUCAAAACUAUAUGAGAUGGGUCUUCAGCCAGCUUCAUGGUCUGGCCGAUGCUAUUCGGACUUUGCAUCACGCAGAAGACGGUCGAAUGUGUCGCCACGGCGACCUUAAACCCGAGAAUAUCCUCUGCUUUAAUUCAUCCGCCGAUCCCGGGGUGCCCAAGGAUCACACCUCUUGCGUUCUCGUCAUAUCUGACGUUGGUCUUUCAAGAACCCACGACAAGUCAACGCAGUUUCGUUCCAAGACGAAGAUGGUUGGUGGAGAAACUAUAGCUUACGCAGCCCCAGAGACGGAACUCUAUCCAGACCGCGCUACUUCACGCCGCUACGACAUAUGGUCACUGGGUUGUCUCUAUCUGGAGUUCGUCAUUUGGCUUCUGUAUGGCAUUGAGGAGCUAGAUCGCUUCGGCAGAGAGAUCCACGGCAAGUUCUACACCAUCAUGGAUCGCCCUGAGACCCUCCAGGUUAGCAGGAUGCAACAAGCCAAAGUCAAUCCAGAGGUCGAUAGGUGGAUCGAGAACAUCAAGAAGGACCCGAGGUGUACCACAGCCGGUGGAUCCAAGCAAACGGCCGUCUCUCUUGUGGUUGAUCUCGUCAAGGAGCGGCUCCUCGUCACCGCCGCAAACCCUGACCCUAGGGAUCCAGAUCCCGAGGGGACUCAAACUGUAUCUGACUCUGGGGACCAGUCGGAUGAUGAUGGUUUCCACCUGAUGGUCAGAGCUCCGACCAAAAUCGGAGAGGGCUUUCUAAACUCGAGGGCGCCAGACGCAGGCAAGGAUGAGCGGGCAUUUGCCCUAGAAGUGUGCGACAAGUUGGACGCCAUUAUUCAGGAUGCUCAAAAUGGCGAUAUUGAAUGGAUCAACCUCGACCAGCACGCAGCGGAGUCGAUUCCUCACUCCGGGCCCGAGUCUGUUACAGACACCGCCUCUUUCCACAGAGACACCACCAGCAGGAGCAGAGAAUAUUUCCUAACUCCGAGCCUUCAGCCACUCGAUGACAGAUGGGAGUACAUUCCGGACGAGGACGCAGCAGAGAGACUCCGAACUAGCCUUAGCCAGCUGCAUCAACCUACCAAGCCGUCAGAACUGUGCGGUCGUUGCAGUGGGCUAUCGAUUUGGUCUCGGGAGUGCAGCUUCGAUGACACGGCGGCCAACCUGGGCAGGAACUCACCUCGAUGUGCCCUAUGUCGACUACUAUCUCGAUCCCUUAUGAACUGGGCCACUCUCCCUGAUGACAACUUGCACUUCUUCCGGGUUGGCUCAUCCCUAAAGUUCAACAACAAACGACUGCCACCGAUUGUUUCGCUCUACACCCUGCCUAUAGCCACAGAAAAGUCAGCCGGGCCUCAUGAUUCCCUCGAGGCCGACAUUCAGCUCGGGUUUCCCGAACUCCCUGAUGCUGGCAGUCCGACGCACAUAGAGGUGCUUCGUGAGUGGAUCCGGGACUGCGACAUGCAUCAGUGUCUCCAUUCUCAGGAUGAACCUUUCUUACCGACCAGGCUUCUUGACGUUGGGGAGCACGGCACCAAACGGUCUCGUCUGAUCUGUGACACCGCCACCCUCCCCAAGAAUGCUAAAUAUCUAGCCUUGUCCCAUAGAUGGGGUUCGCAUCCCAAGCCUGGUGUGUCCAAUCCCCUGAAGGGUAAGAUUGUCUGCACGUACGAGAAGAAUAUCAACGCUCUGAAGCAGGGUAUCGAUGACACGGAUCUUCCACCAACGUAUCAAAAUGGCAUCACCAUUGCUAGAGAGCUUGGAGUGCAGUUCAUCUGGAUUGACUCGCUCUGCAUCAUCCAGCAAGACAAAAGCGACCCACUGGACAAGGACAAGGGCGACGAUUGGAAAAAGGAGGCCGAGCAGAUGGAACGCGUCUUCCGCUCGGCAUAUGCCACUAUUGCUGCCAGUUGCGCUAGCUCGCCAGCAGAACCGUUUCUCAAGCCUCACCCAGAGAGACAGUGCGUCAAGAUGCAAACAGGCAAUACAUCCUACUACUUAUGCGACGCCAUCGAUGACUUCUCCGAGGACGUGGAGCAAGGAGAACUGAACAAGAGGGGAUGGGUUCUACAAGAGCGAGCUCUCUCCCGCCGAACAAUCUACUUCACCGAGAAGCAGACGUAUUGGGAAUGUGGUGAGGGUGUGCGGUGCGAGACGCUGACAAAGACGAAGAACUCCAAGGCAUCCUUCCUUGGCGAUGCCAAUUUUCCCCAUUCCUUCCCGGAUUACGUCAAAGGGAAGAAGAUCAAGUUGUACCAGGACCUCUACGAGCGAUACUCCAAGCUAGCACUCUCGUACCCCACGGACCGCCCCAUCGCCAUCAGAGGCCUAGAAAGGCGGCUGCGAAACGUCCUGGGCACCAAGGCCGGAUACGGUGUCUUCGAUGUUUACCUGCGUCGAGGCUUGCUGUGGCAGCGGGAGCAGGCCAGUUUACAGCGUAUCGACUUUUCCGGCGGGGACGAAUCAGUCCCAUCAUGGUCCUGGAUGGCCUACGCCGGGGGCAUCCGGUACAUGAACGUACCGCUCGGGGGGGUGGAAUGGGGGCGAUGGGAGAAUGAUGUCGUCUCACCUUGGAACGACGAUAGUGACGUACAAGACGGUGGCAAAGCCCCAAAAUCUGCACUCAAAGUUCUUGUGCGUGAUAUUUUGGUGUCUGUUAUCGAACCUUCAGCGCGCGUCUUCCUAGACGAACCGAGUCGCACAUUUGGCCGUCCUUUCAAGUGCGUCAUCGUUGGCUCCAGCAAGUCAAGCCAAGGCCAAGUCGAUAUUCGGAAAACGUAUUAUGCCUUGGUUGUGACGCCUCUUUCCGGGCAAGAAGAGAGGAACGUUUAUGAGAGGGCCGGGGUUGCCUUUUUUCAUGGAUAUCAAAUUGUAUGGGACAAUCCUGGGAAAGAAGGCUACAUUUACUAG